AUGGGCGGUGGCAAGGGUGGUUCCGACUUUGACCCCAAGGGCAAGAGCGAUUCAGAGAUCCGUCGCUUCUGUGUUGCCUUCAUGCGCCAGCUCAGCAAGCACAUCGGUGCCGACACCGAUGUCCCCGCUGGUGAUAUUGGUGUUUCCGGCCGCGAGAUCGGCUGGCUCUUUGGUACCUACCGCCAGGAGCGCAACAAGUUUGAGGGUGUUCUUACCGGCAAGGGCCUCACCUGGGGUGGUAGCUUGAUCCGUCCCGAGGCUACUGGUUACGGUGUCGUUUACUACGUCGAGCAGAUGCUCAAGUACGCCGGCAAGGGCACCUUCGCUGGCAAGAGGGUGGCUAUUUCUGGAUCCGGCAAUGUCGCACAGUACGCUGCGCUCAAGUGUAUUGAGCUCGGCGCCACCGUCGUUUCCCUGUCCGAUUCUCACGGCUGCCUCGUCGCCGAGGGCGAUGCUGCCUUCACCCCUGAGCAGAUCGAGAACAUCGCCGACCUCAAGGUCCAGCGCAAGUCUCUGACCGAGUUCGACCACAAGGGCUCCUUCAUGUACAUCAAGGGUGCCCGCCCCUGGACCCACCUUGGCAAGGUUGACAUCGCUCUGCCUUCCGCGACCCAGAACGAGGUUUCCAAGGAGGAAGCCGAAGCGCUCAUUGCUGCUGGCGUCAUCGCCAUCGCCGAGGGCUCCAACAUGGGUUGCACCCAGGAGGCCAUUGAGGUCUUCGAGGCCCACCGCAAGGAGAAGGGCGCCGAAGCAGUCUGGUACGCUCCCGGAAAGGCCGCCAACUGCGGCGGUGUUGCCGUCUCUGGCCUCGAGAUGGCUCAGAACAGCCAGCGUCUGAGCUGGACCCGCGAGGAGGUUGAUCAAAAGCUCAAGGACAUCAUGACUGCUGCCUUCGAGAACGGCCUCAACACCGCCAAGGAGUACGUCAAGGGUGGCGAGAACGAGCUUCCCAGCUUGGUCGCUGGCAGCAACAUCGCCGGCUUCGUCAAGGUUGCCCGCGCCAUGCACGACCAGGGUGACUGGUGGAACUAA